CGAGUACAUUUUGGUAAUAACAACUUUCGUAGCUAAAUUUUCGUUGCGUAUAUAUAACCAUUCUCACGUUCUUCUCUUCUUCCAAAUCACACAAAACCUUUCUCUCUUCAUUCUCUUCUCCCUCAAGUCAAAAGCGUUUCAUCACUCAUCUCUCAAGGUUAAUUAGAAAAGCAAAAUGGUGAAGAUUUGCUGCAUUGGUGCCGGAUAUGUCGGUGGUCCAACAAUGGCAGUCAUUGCACUUAAGUGUCCAUCCAUUGAAGUGGCUGUUGUUGACAUAUCUAAACCCCGCAUUGCAGCCUGGAACAGUGACACCCUUCCAAUCUAUGAACCUGGCCUUGACGAUGUUGUAAAGCAAUGCCGUGGCAAGAACCUCUUCUUCAGCACAGAUGUUGAAAAGCAUGUCUUUGAGGCCGACAUAGUGUUUGUCUCUGUGAACACCCCGACUAAAACUCAGGGUCUCGGUGCCGGCAAAGCAGCAGAUUUGACGUAUUGGGAGAGCGCAGCUCGUAUGAUUGCCGAUGUCUCAAAGUCUGACAAAAUCGUUGUCGAGAAAUCAACUGUCCCUGUCAAAACUGCUGAGGCAAUUGAGAAAAUUUUGACUCACAAUAGCAAGGGAAUCAAAUUCCAGAUUCUAUCAAACCCGGAAUUCCUUGCUGAGGGAACUGCAAUCAGGGAUCUUUUUAAUCCGGAUCGUGUUCUUAUUGGAGGCAGGGAAACCCCUGAAGGCCUGAAAGCUGUUCAAACAUUGAAGAGUGUUUAUGCUCACUGGGUUCCCGAGGAGCAGAUACUAACCACAAAUCUUUGGUCUGCUGAGCUAUCUAAGCUUGCUGCUAACGCCUUUUUGGCUCAGAGGAUUUCGUCUGUUAAUGCAAUGUCAGCACUUUGCGAGGCAACCGGUGCAAACAUUCAACAAGUGGCCUAUGCUGUCGGCACUGACUCAAGGAUUGGACCCAAGUUCCUUAACGCUAGUGUCGGUUUCGGUGGAUCCUGCUUCCAGAAGGAUAUCUUGAACCUUGUCUACAUCUGCGAGUGCAACGGCCUUCCUGAGGUUGCAGAGUACUGGAAACAAGUGAUCAAGAUCAACGAUUAUCAAAAGAGCCGUUUUGUGAACCGUGUAGUUGCGUCUAUGUUCAACACGGUUUCAAACAAAAAGAUCGCUAUUCUUGGAUUCGCAUUCAAGAAAGAUACCGGUGACACAAGGGAGACUCCCGCCAUUGAUGUGUGCCAAGGGCUACUCGGUGAUAAAGCCAACAUAAGCAUAUUCGACCCACAAGUUACCGAGGACCAAAUCCAGAGGGAUCUAUCCAUGAACAAGUUUGACUGGGACCAUCCAAUCCACUUGCAGCCAAUGAGUCCAACAACUGUGAAGAAAGUGAGUGUGGUUUGGGAUGCAUAUGAAGCAACAAAAGAUGCACAUGGUAUCUGCAUUCUGACUGAAUGGGAUGAGUUCAAGACACUUGAUUACCAGAGGAUUUACGAGAACAUGCAAAAACCAGCAUUUGUUUUUGAUGGAAGGAACGUUGUCGAUGCUGAGAAGCUACGUGAGAUUGGUUUCAUUGUUUACUCAAUUGGAAAACCAUUGGAUGCAUGGCUCAAGGAUAUGCCAGCUGUGGCAUAAAAUAUAUUUGAUCAUUUGAUUCAACAAUGAAAAGUCAAGUACUGAGACACUGAGUUUGAUUCUUUAAUAUUUUUGUAAGAUUUUUGUUUUUUUCUCUUUUGACUUUUUCAUUUUCCCAUAGUAGUUGAUAUAAAUGAGUAUACAUCAUGGGAAUGUUGGAAGCUUUAUGUUUUAAUUACUCUGUUUUUGUACUCCCAUCCAUUUCUAUAUGGCUGUUAUGAAUGUACUUUUGUUUCAUUAAAUAAUCUGCUCUUAUUAUUA